CGAAAACAAUACUAUGAAAAGACGAAAAGAAGGGCACAUUCCAUCAACUGCCAGUCAUGGUAUACAACUGGGAUGGCUACCGGGAUGAAUGCUAUCGGGUUUACGUUGUCCAGAAUAAAUCCAUGGAUGAACUCAUGGACCACAUGCGGGUCCACCACAGCUUCACUCCGAGCAAAAGAGCAUUUCAACAACAGCUCCGCAAAUGGAACUUUCCCUCCAAACAAGUCGGCGCUCACCGCAAUGCACCCUUGGUCGACCGUGUGCGCGAGCUGUGGGAAGCCAACCACUCCCAGGCCGACAUGCUGUGCACCCUUCAUGACGAGGGAUACGAUGUCAGCGCCAGACAGCUAUUAAGGAUACGCGCCCACCAUCGGUGGCUGCUAAGGGUGCCCAAAAUCGAAGAUGCCGUUGACAGCAUCGAUGCCCUCAUCCCUCGCGUCCGCCUCGGUGAUUCUUUUACUGCCAAUGACCUACAAACUGCCCCGGGUAUUCAGUUAAACUGUCAAUCUAGCGAUUCCCAAAAAGCGGCGCCAUCUUUGUCGUCGCCAACUCGCAAGCGUCGGCGUCAAGCCGAUGAAGACUGCUCAGGGGUGGUCACUUCGCGGUUUCCGUCAGAAACUACCCUGACCGAGAGCAAAGAGCUACUCAACCUUGAUACCGACACUUAUAAAUACGUUCGUACAUGCUUUCAGCAGAUCUGUGACAAGGCCGGCCUGGAGAGCAAAAGCUCGGCGGGACAGCAGGCAUGGGACGAGGCAAAGGCUAUGCUCGUCCGGCAAGUUCCGUACCUACAGAGUGUCAUGUCCAUGGAAGUCGGCAGGAUUCACCAACUGGCCCUGGAUGUCAUAUGCACCGACGUGACAAAGCGUAUGCGCAGCCAUAAUGCUACCGCCGCCACCGGGGCUGCCAGGAAGUUGACGCUCGCUGGUGUCAGAAACAUGCUCGGUGUGAACCCCGAUGAGGCGAGGGAGAUGCGGGAUGCGCUGCAGAACUUGCUCUCAGGGCGAGAUAAUAUCCCGUCAGUAGGUGACGAGGAAUGGGACGAACUGAAGCAGCAGUGGCAGAGGAUAUGUCCGGUGUUAAGACGUAUCCUGGAAGACGAGGAGCAGCGAGAGCCAAAGGCCAAGGCUAUUGAUAUACUGGCUCGGGAUGUUUUCAAACGAUACAGGGACCACCAUGCCAAAGUCCGAGACAAUCAGGCUGCUAUUGGGCAGGAGCAGGAGCAUGAGCAACCGCAGCUACACUUAGAUGCCCAGCCACCCCCGCCUCUGGCACCUUCAGACGAUGACGCUGUUGUCGAUAACCACGUCUGGGACAUAAGCAUAUACGGUAAUAACGGACUCAUGGAUGAUACCAUUGUCAGUAACAUGUCGCUUCAAGGCAUGCACGGUCUGGGGAUGCCUUCAUUAUCUCACAACGCACACAUACCACCACUCGACGACCCACUCCUCCUCGCCGCCAGUACUCAGAGUUUCCUGGACCAGCAAUACAUGAAUCAAAUUUACACCCACCAAAACCAGCACCACCACAGUCCCAUCGCAAUUUACCUGCAGCCACACCAUGCAUCGACGGUCAUGGUCGACUCGAGCUUGUGGAUCGCAACCCUAAUGUCGCCAACCCUGGAUGACGUGAGGUCCGUGGCGGUCGAAAAGUAUCCCGGCGCCAUCUGCUUGUUCGUGGAAGGGGUUGUCAAAGACAGCAGGAAUGAACUGUCUGGCGUCUCUGGUCUGUCCCCGGUCCCACUUUCCAUAGGGUCGGAUCAGGAACUGGUUGCGUACCUACAACAUGUGCAGGAUUUGGGUAUCGCGCCGACAUUUUCCGUGCAGCUACACUACUGUGUAGGUUGAGGAAUGUUUCUGUGUGUCACUUGUGAGUGUGCAAAAUAAUUAUUUCUUAAGACCAUGUUGCAUAUUAAAAGCGGACAAACCAAAAUUCUGUCAACACAUGUCUAUCUCAUAAAAAAAAGGAUGAGCUUAAAUUUAAAAAUGGAAAAAAAGAGACACAGCUGCAAAACAGGGGUACUCAUGUCGUCUGAAGUAUAUGUAUGCUAGUUACUGUACGUCACACAUCCGGUUGCAUCGUUUCGUCCGACGUGAUGGGCAGACAUACUCCGUACUACUGUAGAAAGGUAUGAUACACCGGUGGAUUACUACUGGUAAGGGCUGAAGGGUGGAUCAGAUAAACUGGUUAUUCUAGCGUCUAUGCUGAUCGGCCCAAUAAAUUAAAAUUGGAA